AUGGUACUACAAGGGGGCAGUGACUUAAAUCUCAAGGGGCCAAGAAGUAAGAAGAAAAAGAUGGUUGAUACUAGUAAUUGGAGGCCAUGGUCGGAGCUCCAUGAGGUUUUGCUUCAUCUGAUAGCAAAUCAGCUAGGUGCUAUAGACUAUCUUAUGUUUGGCUGUGUCUGCAAAGGAUGGAGAUUGUAUGUUGCAGCUCAUAGGAAAGAGUUUAUGGCAUCCCAACCACCACUUCUUGUCUUCUUAUCAACACAAGCUAAGAGAGCUUGUCAUUUCUACAGCAUCUUUGAUCGAAGGUUGUACAAGGCAAUACUGCCGAGCCUUGUUGGCAAAACAUGUUCUGGUCUUUCUUGUGGGUACUUUGUCUUGGAAGACCAGAAAAAAAGAGCUGAUUCUGAGAUUUGGCUUCUGAAUCCUUUUACAAGACAUGAACUCCGUUUCUCUAGGCCUCCCAAUCCUUAUUCUUUUAUCAUCCUUGCUUCUUUAGCUACGCCUUUGUGGGAGUAUGUAAUCAUAGCUUUUGACAGAUGGUCCCCAUUUUUACAAUUAUGUAGAUCCACAGAUGUUAAUUGGACUGUUUAUAAUUCUGAAAAUUUUCAGGGCAGUCCUACAAACAGUCCUUGGUGGUUUGUAGAUGGAGUUGUCUUCAAGGGUAAGAUGUACGUUUUAACCGAUCAUGGUGAAAUUGGGGUACUGAACCUGAAUUCCCAUCCUUAUGUGACCCUGCUGGAAAUACAAAGCAUUGGAUGCAGCAGCUUUGACCUAAAUUUACUUGCUUUUGAUGAGCAGCUCUUCAUGAUUCGUAGAAUUAUGUCAAUUGUGAAAAAAGAAGUUUAUGAGCUAAAUUUUUCGAAGAUGGAAUGGGUGAAGAUGCAGAACUUCAAAGAUCAAGCAUUGUUUCUGAAUGGUGACUAUAAGAGCUCGGGAUUUAGCAACAUAACCAGAUGGAGGGGUAGCCAACAACCUAUGAAUUGCAUAUACAAUCUUGGAAGUUUCCUGGAUGGUAGAUAUCCCGGGUCUUUCCCCAUCAUGGAAACACACCAUAUGGAUAUGAUACACAAUUCCUUAGAUGUUCCAUUGUGCAAAAUAUCUACCACAGGUGCUUGGUCAGGUGUUCCAUUCUGGUAUUUUCCUAAUCUAUCUUGCAAUGUGGAUGCUUUCUCUGAUGACUAG